AGACACAGACAGCCAUUUUGCACCCUUCCCUUGCAAGACUGGCCAAGGCUGCUGCCACAGAGUUGCCUUAUGAAGACAAUUACGCGAAACAAAUAGCGGGUUUACUCCUUUUAAAAACGACCUGUCAUCGUGGCAGUGACUUAGGGUAACAGCUGACAGCUGUGUCUAAGUGUCGGUGCAAAGGAGUGGAAGAGAGGAGAGGAGACGAGACGAGAGGAGAGGAGAGCUGACCAGGAGAAAAGAGAGAAGAGAAGAGAAAAGAGGAGAGGAGAGGAGCACUUCUAGUGGAAACUGAGGACCCCCAGGUGGUUGCCUGUUGCGCUGGAUGGCUAGUGUGGAGGCCGAGGUGCGAUACCUCUCCCCCCAGGAACCUCAUGUCCCGAUGGGGCCGCCACACUGCGACAUGCCCCUCUCUGCCCUGGAGGCUGGCGGCUCUAAGAAGAUGAACGGGACGCUGGACCACCCGGACCAGCCGGACCUGGACGCCAUCAAGAUGUUUGUGGGUCAGAUCCCGCGCGGCUGGGCCGAGGAGCAGCUGAGAGAGCUGUUCGAACCCUACGGAGCCGUCUACGAGAUCAACGUCCUGCGCGACCGCAGCCAGAACCCCCCGCAGAGCAAAGGCUGCUGUUUUAUAACGUAUUACACACGGAAAGCUGCAUUAGAAGCCCAGAACGCCCUGCACAACAUGAAGAUCCUACCAGGGAUGCACCAUCCUAUUCAGAUGAAGCCGGCAGAUAGUGAAAAGAACAAUGCUGUCGAGGACCGUAAGCUCUUCAUUGGGAUGAUCAGUAAGAAGUGUAAUGAGAGCGAUAUCCGGCUCAUGUUCGCCCCCUAUGGCCAGAUCGAGGAGUGCAGGAUACUCAGAGGACCAGACGGACUCAGCAGAGGUUGUGCCUUCGUGACCUUCACUGCCAGACAGAUGGCCCAGUCAGCUAUCAAGUCCAUGCACCAAUCACAGACCAUGGAGGGCUGUUCGUCUCCUAUCGUGGUGAAGUUGGCGGACACCCAGAAGGAUAAAGAGCAGAAGAGGAUUGCGCAACAGCUACAGCAGCAGAUGCAGCAGCUCAACGCUGCCUCCAUGUGGGGAAACCUGGCAGGACUCAACUCCCUAGGACCCCAGUACCUAGCACUUUACUUGCAGCUCCUGCAACAGUCGGCGUCCUCCGGCAACGCACUCAAUAACCUGCACCCCAUGACAGGUCUGAGUGCUAUGCAGAAUCUGGCAGCGCUAGCAGCAGCAGCGAGCGGCACACAGGCCACGCCCACAGGAAGCAGCAACGCCCUCACUUCCUCCCUCACCUCCUCCUCCUCUCCUCUCUCAGGCUCCUCCCCCACCUCCUCCUCCGCCUCCUCUGUUAACCCCAUGGCCUCUCUCGGAGCUCUACAGUCUCUGGCGGCCAGCGCAGGAGCCGGACUCAACAUGGGCUCUCUAGCAGGUAUGGCGGCUCUGAACGGUGGUCUGGGCGGCGCCGGGUUGUCUAACGGGUCGUCCAGCACCAUGGAGGCUCUGACCCAGGCGGCCUACUCCGGGAUACAGCAGUACGCCGCCGCCGCCCUCCCCAGCCUCUACAACCAGAGCCUGCUCUCCCAGCAGAACAUGGGCGCCGCAGGCAGCCAGAAGGAAGGUCCAGAGGGUGCCAAUCUCUUCAUCUAUCACCUCCCGCAGGAGUUCGGAGAUCAGGACCUCCUCCAGAUGUUCAUGCCGUUUGGCAACGUCGUCUCCGCUAAAGUCUUCAUCGACAAGCAGACCAACCUCAGCAAGUGCUUUGGCUUCGUGAGUUACGACAACCCGGUGUCGUCGCAGGCGGCGAUCCAGUCGAUGAACGGCUUCCAGAUCGGCAUGAAGCGGCUCAAGGUGCAGCUGAAGAGGAGCAAGAACGACAGCAAACCCUACUGAGCAUGCCCAGAACGGAGCGGAGCGGAGCAGGGUGGAGGGGAGGGGAGGGGAGCCCCCUAGUGGACACUGAUAGCGAGCGCUUGGCUGUUGUUUUAGUUUCUGAUUGUUCUCCUGCCCAUCCCGUCUUCUCCUGUUCCGUGUUCCGUGUUCCGUGUUCUCUCCCCGCGGCCUGACUAGCAUGUCGCGUCACCUCACGUGACGUCACGUCUCCAUCAGUCCUCUCUGAUGCUUCAAAUUUCACCUUUUACUCCUAAACCAUUAUGUGUUGUUUGAUGUUUGAUGCUAGUUUGGUUAUUAUUACUAUUAUUAUUAUUAUUAUUAUUAUUAUUUUAGCCUUGUUUGUGGGUGUUUGUGUGUUUGUUUGUUCAUCUGUGUUUUGUUUGUGUGUUUGUUUGUGUUGCCACGGUGCAUUAGAAAGACAGACUGCUAAUUCUAUUAAAAGUUGUAUAGAGUUACCCGAGUAUUGUUACAAGCAAAAAAACAAACAAACAGAAGAUUCUAUUUUUCUAGAAGUUCGGAGCAUAACCACUAAAGUUUUGCAGAAGCGUC